GUUUAACGCUGAUCGAUAGAACAUGUGCGUGUUUGUUCCGUGAGCGGACGAGUGUUUCAGUGUCUACAGUCGCGGCACCUCGGUUUUUUCGGGAGCCCUUUUUGCUUUCUUGUUUCUGUUCUUUCGCGGUGGAGUGUCGACCCCCUUGAGGAACUGUCAACCGCGAGCGUUGUGUUGACAUUUGCGCGUUCGUCGCCUACUUUGAGCAAGUGAUCGCGCGAGUGACCAACCACCGGAAGUGCGUGUGUUUGUGUGAUAAAUUUGAAGAGCAAGCCAUGAGCUGGAUGGAUUAGUGGAGUUUGAAUACACGAUCGUACAGUGUCAGCGAGAGAUCAAGAUCGCUAGUGCAAAGGUGGGAAGAAUUGGUGAACGAUCGCGUGCGCGAUCUUGAGUGAUUGUGAAGUUCGGAAGAUCACGAACCCGGUGAACCUCACCGGAACUGCAGUGUGUAACGUCAAGGAACACCUAUUCUGUAUUUCCCUUGGGACUCGUGCCCAGCCAAAGCAGUCAAAAUCGUGCUCCAGUGGCAUAUCCCGGGCGAAAGCCCCUUCGAGCUAACCAAGAUUAACAGCCUGUCGGAUAUCACCGGUGGGGGCGGCGGCAUGACGGUACCGGUGCAGCGCAACUCGAUGGCCGUGCUGCAGCCUCCGCGGUCACGGUUCAUGAUAACCGACAUCCUGGCCGGCAGCCAGACCCAGCACCACCACCACCACCCGAACCAGAACGGCGGAAGCGAAGAUCGACGGGGAGGUGGCGGCGCGGACAGCGUCAACGGCAGCAGUAGCGAGGGUCGGACGCCCAGUCCGGGCCCGCGGGAUCUGAGCCUGAUGCAGGGACACCACCACCUGGCCCAUCUGGCGGCCGCCCACCACCAUCAGGGAGCGGGCGGGCCCGGCGGACUGUCGCCGGCCGCGCAGCAUCACCUGGCCGCCCUGCACCACCACCACCAGCAGCAGAUGGCCGGGGACGAUCACGACCACGAUCAGGACAGCGACAGCGACGAUAUGGAUAACUCGAGCCUGUGCAGUAACGGUGGCAAGGACGAGGAUGGCAACAGCAUAAAGAACGGCCUCGGGCUCGGUGGUUCGUCCGGACUGAGUAAAAAGCAGCGGAAAGCGCGCACGGCCUUCACCGACCACCAGCUGCAGACGCUGGAGAAGAGCUUCGAGCGGCAAAAGUACCUGAGCGUGCAGGACCGGAUGGAGCUGGCGAACAAGCUGGGACUGAGCGACACCCAGGUCAAGACGUGGUACCAAAAUCGAAGAACCAAAUGGAAGCGACAGACCGCGGUCGGGUUGGAGCUGCUAGCGGAAGCCGGAAACUACGCUGCCUUCCAGCGGUUGUACGGAGGACCCCCAUAUCUGGGCGGUUGGCCGUACCCGGCCCAGGCCGGUCCUCCAGGAGCGCCCCAGAGUGCGGUGGACGCGUACUACCGGCACGCGGCCGCAGCCGCCGCCCUCCAGAAGCCUCUGCCGUACCGGAUCUACCCGGGAGUGCCCGGCCUGGGAACGCUCAACACCAUCCCCGGUCCGAGCGGCCCGUUCCCACACCUGUCGGCCUCCACGUCCCUGUCCACGCUGAGCAGCUACUACCAGGCGAGCAGUCAGCAGGCGGCGGUGGCCGCGGCAGCCGCAGCUUCCCAGGUGGGCGGAGCCGGAGUCCCAGGGAGUCAAACAAGUCCCGGAGCGGGCGGCGGAAGCGGCAGCAACGGAAGCGCAGCCAGUCACAACAAUGGCGCAGGUAACUCAAACAACAACAACAACCACGGCAGCACCAGCAGUCUCAGCAGUCAGCCCCGGCGGUCGCCGAGUCCAACGCUCAACCCCGGCAGCCCGCCGGGACGGUCCGAGAGCAAUCCCGCCAGCGACGACGAGGAGGAAAACAUUCAGGUCUGAAGACUGCGCCGUGUGAUUGACCCCGCAACACUCAUAUAUACGUAUACAUACCUAUAAAAGGGAGAGCAGAAAGCGUGCGCGAAAAGAAAAUAGUGAUUAUUAUUUUUAAUAGCAUUUAUUUAAAGCAGAUAUUAUUUUUUAAAGUGAAAUCAUUAGCGAAAAAAUAAGAGAAUCCGAGCGAGAGUUGAAAUGUCACGCUGACAGCGCAUUGUUUACGUUUAUCGCGCGACCACAUUUGCCAAAGAUCCGGAAAACGGUCGCGAAACGUAAACAAAAGCCGGGUUGCCCAGUGGGUGCGCGCAGCGCACGGUUGAACUGCUUGCUGUCAGAAUCCGAUGACGUUUCCUCUUUGAGCGAGCGCGAGUGCGUGUUUGUGUAAAUAAGUUUAUAUUCUCAAGAUUCGGGAACAGACGAUGACGGGAGCAACUCGCCGUGGUUAAUUUUGUUUUUGUUGUAUAGAUAAUGGUAAUAAAAAAUCAUCGUGAGCGAGCAGAGAGAGACUAACCAGUGAGAGAUCGGCGCCGGCAAACGAGAACUAAAUUUAUUAACUAUAAUCUUAAUUUAUGAUAAUAGUAUUUGAAAAUAAUUAUUUAAUUAUUUUAUAAGUGUAAAAUGUUGUAAACUUUUCGUCCCCCUUCAAUUUCCCCAUGCUCUUUUCCCAUGUGAUUUCCCCUUCCCCAUAAAAAAAUGUGACGAAAGCCUUUUCCCAAAACGCUUUAAAAAAAAGUUUAUGAUUUUAGCAGCUGCCGCUGCCACCGCCCAAUUAACGCUCUCGCGACUGUGAGAACUCCGACCGACAUUCAUCAUGUUUUGCGCUUUUGUGACUGAACCACAACCCAAACUUGCUCAACCGGAACCACAAAUGACAGAAGAAGAAAAAUAACAGUGAGUUGCAACGGAUUUGCCAAAAUUUAGUUUAAAAAAGUGCGUGCGCCUUGGCUCGGAAAAAGCGAUGCAGUAUUAAACAAUUUUAAAGAAAGUCACAAAUAAACAGAAGUGAAAAUGUAAACAGACAUUCCUCCAUCUUAAGUUUUAUGCAGCAAAACAAAUGAUAAACAGAGAUACACACAACUAUUUUUAAAAAUGCAGAAGAAGACAUAAUUUUGUUGGUUGGUUUCCGUCACACAAGUGGGGGUGAACGACGUAAGCUAGGUAGUUAUUGGAAAUUGUACAUAUUGAUAUAAAUAUAUUCCGUACGUUUGUAAGUGGAAAAUUCUCACCCCGGUAGCAGCAUUCCGUUUCGAAUCAAACAAAUUUGAAGAAAUAAACAAAACAAAACGCUCAUAAAAAGAGGUUAACAAGCUGGAAAAAUCGUACUCUCAGAUUGUAUAGACUCAACCAGCACACACUCACUUACACACCCGUACACAAACACAUCAAAGCCGAACGCUGAGAAAUCGAAAUGGAACGCGCAUUGUAAAGAUCAUACACUUAACUGGAAAAUAUUACGAGAAAUAAACAUGGAAAGUUAUGAAAAUUA